GGUAAGACCUCACAGACAGGAAGUCAGAUCAACACUCACCACAGACCAGGCAGCAGAGCACACACACACACUUGGGACACUACUGGAGACACGGUCGCAGAGCCACUGGCCGAUGCUCCCACACUCUGGAACGGGCGUCCUCACAAACAGAGCAGUGAAACUACACACACACACACCAGAUCCAAAAUGCUCAGCGUUCAGGAGCGCAAGCCCAAGAGGCCUCACUACAUCCCACGGCCCCCGGGCAAGCCCUACAAGUACCAGUGUUUCCAGUGCCCGUUCACCUGCAACGAGAAGUCUCACCUGUUCAACCACAUGAAGUACAACCUCUGUAUGAAUUCUAUAUCACUGGUGUCUCAGAAAGGAGGCCACGCAGGGAGGCAAACCAAGACCCCUGGCCCUGCCAACCACAAACUGGCAUCUUUAACCCUGAAGGACAAAUCAGGGCCACUUCCUGUGGAGCGGCUCAUGACCCCUGAGGGUCACAGAGGAGGAGUGGAGAACAGGAGAGAAGAGAAGGAGGAGGAGAAGGAGGAGAGAGAGGAGGAGAAGGAGAGAGAGGAUGAGAAGGAGGAGGAGAGAGAGGAGGAGAAGGAGGAGAGAGAGGAGGCGUGUAGGAGUCCAGUCAGGAAAGACAUUCAGAUCAAAUCAGACACAAAGGAAGUCAAGGCCAAGGAUUUGCCACGCCCGUCAGCCUUCUCCCAAGUCACACCCAAUCGGGAGAACCCAGAGGUCGCGCUAAAGUCGUCCCACAACCAAUCAGGGGAGCCGUCUCUGACUCCGCCCAUGCCAUCAUUCCAUAACCCCACCUUCGCCUGGGGCCCAAUGGCAGCAGCCUCCAUGCCGCUGAAGCCCCUCCCACCUCACAUAAUACCUGAGUACCCUCCCUACCUGUUUCCUGAUCGCCACCCGGCUCUCCACCCCCUCUACCAGCCCUACUUCAUCCCAGGGACGCAUCACCUUUCUGGGCCAAACUCCCAGACCUACCGGCCUAGCUUCCUGGAGACCCCACAAAGACCUGUGAUACCCAUGAACCCAGACCACUCCCACCCAUCUCUCAUCCCUCCAUACCCAUACAGAUACGGUCUCCCCCUGCCCUAUGGCCUGUACCGACCCGCGGACCACCACCACCCACACCCCAUCCCUCUCCCAGGCUCCAGGUACUUUCCUCUGGAUGUGUACGACCCAAGACCAGGCCCCGGCCUGGGACCUAGGGACUAUGACUUUUACCUCCACCCCAGGCUCCAUGGUGAACCCCACAGCAGACCCACGGAGGAAGGGACCAGCCAGGUGGAGCAGAGCAGAGACAAGCCCACCAGACUGAGCCCCAUGGAGGGGUGUUCUGCCUUGGGCUCCCCUGACAGACCCAGCCCUCCACACCCCUUCACCCAGAGAGACACUACGGAGGGUUCCAGAUGUACCGUCCUGGGGGAACUACAGCCUGUCAACCAAUCAGGAGGACCAGAGCCAGCCUCUCAGCCAAUCAGAGUAGAGCCGAGCAAAGAGGACGCACCACAGAGCUUGAUGACGCACAUGGAAAGAGGGUCGGCAGCCAACCGCGCAGAGCACUCCACCUCUGACGAAAGCAACGACUCCUCAGCUGAACGAGAUGGUGAAGAUGAUGAUGAUGAAGACACUGAGAAAGAUUUGAUGCCCCUGAACCUCUCCAAAAAGGACCAGGAGUCAGACCUCUUCACCAGCAGGGGGAGCUGUCCUGAAACAGGGCACCCGGAGGAGGACCUGCCACUGAACCUGAGCCUUAGGGCCACACCAGGCAGUCCAGAUCACUGCUCCAAAAUGGCCGCCUCAGGGAGGGAGUUUGUUAGGGUCCAACCAGGCAACCCAGACCAUUGCUCCAAAAUGGCCACCUUAAUCGCAGUGGAUCUCAGUCAACAGGGCUCCAGCCCAGCUCCCACCCAAACAGACAAGGAGCCCAGUGACCAACAGAGACAGACUGCAGCCCUGGCUCUCUGCCAGCUGGCUAGCUCCUCCUCUUCCUCCAGCCUCAGCUCUAUGGCAGCAGACAGCCCGUCAGUACGCCCAACAGGCUGCCCCUGUCCCCCAACAACCACAGCCCUCACCAGAGAGGUGAAACACACAACCACAGCCUUCGCCAGAGAGGUGAAACACACAACCACAGCCCUCGCCAGAGAGAUGAAACACACAACCACAGCCCUCUCCAAGGAGGUCAAACAGGAACACACAGCCCUCGCCAGAGAGGUGAAACACACAACCUCAGACCUCUCCAAGGAGGUCAAACAGGAACACACAGCCAAGGGCCAGACUGACCAGUCUAGUACCAAAGUUAGGGGGGUGAAGCGAGCUGCCAGGGGAGAGAGCCAGCUCCCAGCCAGGAAAAACACCAGGCUUACAGCCCCUCACAAACAGAGACAGACUAAGAGGGUGGUGAAGGAGACAGGAGGAGGGAGAGCACUGAGGAGGAGACCUCUCUGCUGCUGAACACCAAGUGACAGUUGAACCAAUACCCAUCCAACAGACAACAGGAAGUCCACAGUGGCUCUAGUCUAGGACCAGGAUGUAAAGGAGGGAAGUGGAGCUGUACAGUUGAACCUCCGCGGACACGCCCCUGUCUGUCUAUAGGACGAUCAAAUGUUUACCAAGCACUAAAAGCAAGACUGGUGUUUUAAAACCAACAUGUGAUGGUGUCUCCGGUAGGCUACAGAGAAAACCCUCCUCACCUGCACUGACUUGACCCAAAUAGCCUUUCAUGUAAAAUGUUAACCCUUCACAUCUGAUCACAGAACGCUGUAUAGAACAAGGGUGGAACUAUUUAAGUGACUAUAAUAAUGUUGUAUACUACAAGGUGUAUGGUGGUGAGAUAAGUUGUAUAUAUUUAAUACGUUUCUAAAAAGCAUUACCAAAAUAAAAUCUGUCCAUGUUUA